GGCGGGCAGAGGCUUCUCAUUGGUCAGUUCUCCGGAAGCUGGGGGAUUCGGAUUCGCGAGCCCUGCGCUGCGACUGGGGAGCCGCUGGAAGCGCGUGAAUGAGUCCCGGCGCAGGAUGUUCGUCCUGGUGGAGAUGGUGGACACCGUGCGCAUACCGCCGUGGCAGUUUGAGCGGAAGCUCAACGACUCCAUUGCCGAGGAGCUGAACAAGAAAUUGGCCAACAAGGUCGUGUACAACGUGGGACUCUGCAUCUGUCUGUUUGAUAUCACCAAGCUGGAAGAUGCCUAUGUAUUCCCAGGGGACGGAGCAUCACACACCAAAGUCCAUUUCCGAUAUGUGGUGUUCCACCCGUUCCUGGAUGAGAUUCUCAUCGGGAAGAUCAAAGGUUGCAGCCCAGAGGGUGUGCACGUCUCUUUAGGGUUCUUCGAUGACAUUCUCAUCCCUCCUGAGUCAUUGCAGCAGCCUGCCAAGUUUGAUGAAACAGAACAGGUCUGGGUGUGGGAGUAUGAGACAGAGGAGGGUGCACACGACCUGUACAUGGACACCGGCGAGGAGAUCCGCUUCAGGGUAGUGGAUGAGAGCUUUGUGGACACAUCCCCCACAGGACCCAGCUCAGCCGAGGCUGCCUCUGCCAGCGAGGAGUUGCCAAAGAAGGAAGCGCCGUACACGCUUGUGGGAUCUAUCAGUGAGCCAGGCCUGGGCCUUCUCUCCUGGUGGACCAGUAACUAGCCCUGGACCUUAACAGUGACUGCCCAGCUUGAAGACCCUGCCCAGACCCUCAGAAGUGGAGUAGUUGGCAAAUUCUGAGGAGUGCUGCCCAGACCUAGGCUGGGUGGGACCAGGAGUGCCAUCCCUCCCCAGCUCUGGUUCUCUGCCUUCUGGAGCCAGCCCUGAAGUCCUCUGCACCAGAUUGCUUUUGGGUUUUUGAAAGUCUCAUGGAUCCAGGCUGGCUUCUCACUUGCUGUGCAGCAUAGAGUAACUGAGUUUCUGAUCCUCCAGCCUCUACCUCUUGAGUGCUGCAGUUACAGGUGUGCACCCCCACAUCGACUUUAUGUGGUAGCGAGGAUGGAGCCGGAACUUCGUGCACACCAGGCAAGCGCUCUACCAACCUCGCCCGCACACGGACUAGCUUAUUUCUUCAGCGCUGAGGAUGGAACCCAGGGCCUCUUUUAUGUUAGGCAGGUAUUGUACUACUGAGCUAGGCCCAGCCUAUCCCUUCCUGUGAACGUCUGGUUUUCAGUGACAGAAGAAACAUCUAAUAAAUAAGGACAGCAGCAGGAGCCCUCCCCCCUUUCAGCAGCUGACAUCAUGAUCUAAGAUCACCAAAUUGCCAACCUGGGACAGCAUUCCCAGAUGUAGGACUUUGGCAUUUAUGAGACCAGACUGACUCUAGCUGAGCUUGGCGGUUCUGUAGUAAAUGCAGAGGCCACUCAAGCGGGUGAUUUAAGGCCAGGGCUGUUAGCUACAGCACCAACUGCAGACACCUUUCCCCAUCAUUUGGAAGGAGCACUCCUCCCCUCCCCAAAUGAGCCAAACCAGCCCCUUGUCUAGGACAUGGAGGCUAUGGGGUUGCUGUCCUAAGGUCUACUGUAUAAGAAGCCUGGGGUUGCCACUGUCCCGAUGUGACCACAAGUAUCAUGUGGGGUUAGUGAUGCCCCAGGUCUCAGCAAAUGACUCUGCCAAGCACUGUUGUCCUUUCUCCCACUGGCACUAAGAUAUUUGUGUAAUAAGUACUGUUUGGUAACAAACCUCAA